AUGGCGACGACUCCAGUUGGCCGCACUCUGUACAAGAAAAAAGACGGCAUCCUGACAAUCACCCCCGAUCUUCAAACGGUGACAUGGACACCCAACUCUGGUGGUCCUCCCACCGUGUCGCUGCCCGUGCCCAAGAUAACCAACUUGCAGCAGACGCCUGAUGGGGCUCCCAAGGUGAUGCUGAAAAUAUUUGAGCAAAAUCCCAGCGGCGGUGAUGCUAUAACAUAUCUCUUUCAUUUUAACACCGACGAGGCCAAAAAAGAAGCAACUUCUUUCAAAGAUGUUCUCUCUCGAUUGCUGUCAGAAGUCCGAAGCGGAGACCCGAAUGUGCCACGCCCGGCUGGUUCCUCUACGCCACAAGGGGCCUCUGGUACUGGCGGCAGUGCCUCAGCAACAAUGACAUUUGCGAAUGCCGUCAACACACAGCAGUCCUCGACUCGGUGGUUCGAUGACCAGCAUCUGAAGAAUGACAUUGAGCUGCAGCGGUCCCUCAUGAAAAAGGACCUUGGCCUCAAUGAAACUUACAUGGAUGCACUUUCUACCAAGCCGGAAUCGAUCUCAGUCGCCGCAUUCAACUCACAAUUCUGGUCCACGAGGACAAACUUGCUGCGAGCACACGCCAUCGAGUCAAAUCAAAAGAAAGGCCCUUAUAAUGUCCUCUCAACAGUCAAACCGCGAACAGUGGAUGGUGAGAUGAAACUGAAUAUCAGCGUCGAGCAGGUCCAGAUGAUAUUUGCUCAGCAUCCGCUCGUAAAGCGCAUAUACAAUGAAAACGUACCAAAGCUAUCCGAAGCCGACUUUUGGUCCAGGUUCUUCCUGAGUCGACUGUCAAAGAAGCUACGAGGAGAGCGUUUCACCGAUAAUGACACAAACGACGCCAUAUUUGACAAAUACGACGUCAACGAGAAUUUGCAAAAUGUCCAAAGCAAAAUUAUGUCGCAGCAAGUUCCUCACAUCAUUGACAUUGAGGCAAACGAAGAGAAUCAGGGAGGAUUCAAAAGCGGUAACGCCAAGGACGUCGAAAUGCGACCUAGAGCGAAUAUUCCCAUUGUACAGACCCUGAACAGUCUCAGUGAGAAGAUCAUGGCAAAUGUCGCGCCGUCAGAUACUCCAGAUGAUGACAGGGCCGAAUACUACAGGGAACUGGCGCUGCGGGAUCUGCGCGGCGAUGCUCAGGAGCAUCGCAUCAUGCUGAAUGUCAAAGAGCAGAACAAAUUCUUUUCAAAGCACGAUUCAUCGCCAUCCAGCAACGUCAAAAUCUUUGCGAAGCAGAAUCCUGCCACCGUCUUGCUGAAAAUGCAAGGCGUGUUCAAAGGCGUGGCUAUUGACACCAACGCCGGCAUGGACCUGCAGGCCGCCAUCAGCUUUGACGAUGGCAGCGACAGUGAAGAAGAGGAAACCUCGAAGAAAAACCAGAGCAGCUCGCGCCGCGCCAUCAUUGGUGCCGAAAAGGACGUGCUGAGCGGCAUUCUCCAGCAGCGCUCGCAAAAGUACGGCCACGCCUCGGACGCGUCGACGCCCAUGGGACUGCCCGCCCAGAUUGUCGAGCGGUGCACGCUGACGCACGCCACCACGGUGGAGUUCCUGCACCAAUUCUGGGGCGCGUUCCUCUCGGGCGAUCCCGACCGCGCCGGCGAGCUGCAGUACCUCGCCGAGUCGCUGAAGCGUUCGACGAGCCGCAUCCAGGUCGUUGCCGACGACGCCGGCAAGGAGCGCGACGAAACCAUCCGCAAGACCAAGCAGGAGAUUCGUGACCACUUUGAGAAGACGGGCAAGAAGAUUCGGUGGAAGUCGGACAUGGUGGGCGGCGGCCACGAUGCCGUCAUCAAGAUGAUGCAGCCCACACUCGACGCCCUCGAGAGGGCCCAGGCUGAUUACUCGCGAGCGCUAGCUGCAGAGGGCGUGCAGCUAUCUACCGAGACAUGA